CGGGCGUUUUACACAUGGUAAACAUGUGUCGCUUAGUAACCGCUCUUUAUCACUGCAAAGGAAUAGCAACAAUGUUGGGAAACCCUUUAACACGCUGCUACCUUUUGUUUCAAAUUUCUCCCCAGCACAGCUUCCGAUAUUGUUUUCUUUCGUGAGCUGAGACUUGUUAACCACCGAUUCUCUGAUUUGGGAAGAAAAGCAUACACAGAAAGGGCAUGCAAUGUGAAAACGAUCCUACAGAUAUAUGCAAAUAUCCUGGAGUGCAGCGUGUCACACUCUUGAGUGCGAGGACUUCGUAGAAAGGGCAGCGGGUGAAUGGAGACGCUCGGCAUUCUGGAAUUAUUUCAAGGAGGCACAUAUGUUAGGGCUGUAUCGCAGCGUGCGUGUCUCUUCAACAGUCAGAGUUGGAUCUCCAGUACAGCGGGCAGCCUACGGGUAGCUGAAUUGUCUCGCUCUGACCACGGGGGCCAGCCAGCUUUCUGUGGACACGGGUGGCGAAGUCCGAACGGCAGCAAAGUCCUCAGACCCAGCGCCCAGGAAAGGAGAGCGGCUCCGGUACGGGCCACACGUCGCCCCUCAGGCGCCGGCCGAAUCCGGGAAACCCGGAGAACUACUUCGCCCUCAGCGCUUCUCCCCGGCUCCCGGCGCGGCGGGGCCACUUCCGGGAGGGGGCGGGGAGACAAGAGGAGGCGUGUCGGGAAGGAGGCCGUUUGUAGCGCACCAGGCGGAAGUGAGCCCAAGGUGUCGGUGCGGCGCUUCCGGUCCGGGUGAGCGCGGCUUAGGCGCGCUGCGUGGUGUGUGUCUCGUGCUGAGAUCGGCUUCUGAGGGCGAGUCAGCAAGUGAAGAGGCGAGCACCGGCGUCCGGACUCGGAAGUCUGCAGUCGAGUGGAAAGGCCGGAAAAAAAGGCCUGGAACUUGAAUACGACUUAACUGCUGUUUCCGAGGGGGCAACUUCCACAGGGAACCCCUCUGCCCUGGUAACGGCCAAAGAGGAGGAGAUGGCGCCAGUCAGGGAGCGGCCGUGGCCGAGACAGUGAGGAAGCGCGAAGGCGGAGCAACCCGGGGAGCCUUGGGCGAAGAAUCGGAGCCGUCGCUGCCACCACUGCCGCCAGCACCAUGGAAGGAGCAAAGCCGACCUUGCAGCUCGUGUACCAGGCGGUGCAGGCGCUUUACCACGACCCAGACCCCAGCGGCAAGGAGCGCGCCUCGUUUUGGCUUGGGGAGCUGCAGCGUUCGCCUCUUUGAAAAGUGCUGCUAGUGGGAGCUGCAGCUUCCUCCUGCUGACUCUGAGCCCAGGCUUCGGUUGAGAUGGCCCUUUCAGAAAUGUGGAGCUUAGUCCAAGCCUGGAUUUCAGUGGGUAGCACCUGGCAUCUGUGGCUAGAAAGUCCUAUGAAGUGUUCAUGCAUGGGAAAUUUCAGACCAAUUGUUACAGAUCCGCCAGGAUGUGGAAUCAUGCUAUUUUGCUGCACAGACUAUGAAAAUGAAGAUUCAAACCUCAUUUUAUGAGCUCCCUACAGACUCUCAUGCCUCUUUACGAGACUCAUUGCUAACCCAUAUUCAGAACUUGAAAGACUUGUCACCUAUCAUUGUAACGCAGCUGGCUUUAGCAAUAGCAGACCUUGCCCUACAGAUGCCUUCCUGGAAGGGAUGUGUACAAACAUUGGUGGAAAAAUACAGCAAUGAUGUAACUUCUCUGCCUUUUUUGCUGGAGAUCCUUACAGUAUUACCUGAAGAAGUACAUAGUCGUUCCUUACGAAUCGGAGCUAACCGGCGCACAGAAAUUAUAGAAGAUUUGGCCUUCUACUCUAGUACAGUAGUAUCUCUAUUGAUGACCUGUGUAGAAAAAGCAGGAACAGAUGAGAAAAUGCUCAUGAAAGUCUUUCGUUGUUUGGGAAGUUGGUUUAACUUGGGAGUUCUGGACAGUAACUUCAUGGCUAACAAUAAGUUACUAGCACUCCUUUUUGAGGUUUUGCAACAGGAUAAAACCUCGUCCAACCUCCAUGAAGCUGCUUCAGACUGUGUGUGCUCAGCUCUCUAUGCCAUUGAAAAUGUGGAGACUAAUUUGCCAUUAGCCAUGCAACUUUUUCAGGGAGUCCUGACAUUGGAGACUGCCUAUCAUAUGGCUGUAGCUCGAGAAGACUUAGAUAAAGUUCUGAAUUACUGCCGUAUUUUCACUGAACUGUGUGAAACUUUUCUUGAAAAAAUUGUUUGUACUCCAGGCCAGGGUCUUGGGGACCUACGAACUCUGGAGCUGCUUCUUAUCUGUGCAGGGCAUCCUCAGUAUGAGGUAGUAGAAAUUUCUUUUAACUUCUGGUACAGACUAGGGGAACAUUUGUACAAAACUAAUGAUGAGGUCAUUCACGGCAUCUUCAAAGCUUACAUUCAGAGACUGCUUCAUGCCUUGGCUCGACACUGCCAGUUGGAACCAGACCAUGAGGGAGUUCCUGAGGAGACUGAUGACUUUGGGGAGUUUCGGAUGCGGGUGUCAGACCUGGUGAAGGACUUGAUUUUUUUGAUUGGGUCUAUGGAGUGUUUUGCUCAGUUAUAUUCUACUCUGAAAGAAGGCAACCCACCCUGGGAGGUGACAGAAGCGGUUCUCUUUAUCAUGGCUGCUAUAGCAAAGAGUGUUGAUCCGGAGAAUAACCCAACCCUCGUGGAGGUCCUGGAAGGAGUCGUCCGCCUGCCGGAGACUGUCCAUACAGCUGUGCGAUACACCAGCAUUGAGUUGGUUGGAGAGAUGAGUGAAGUAGUUGACCGAAACCCUCAGUUCCUUGACCCCGUGUUGGGCUAUCUGAUGAAAGGCCUGUGUGAAAAGCCCCUGGCUUCUGCUGCAGCGAAAGCCAUUCAUAACAUUUGCUCUGUCUGCCGAGAUCACAUGGCUCAGCACUUCAAUGGACUCCUGGAGAUUGCACGUUCUCUUGAUUCCUUCAUGUUGUCUCCAGAAGCUGCUGUGGGCCUGCUGAAAGGGACAGCGCUUGUCCUAGCCAGGUUACCUUUGGAUAAGAUUACUGAAUGUCUUAGUGAACUGUGUUCUGUUCAGGUCAUGGCUUUGAAAAAGCUGUUGUCUCAGGAGCCCAGCAAUGGCAUGUCCUCAGAUCCCACUGUAUUCUUAGAUCGCCUGGCAGUGAUAUUUAGACAUACUAAUCCCAUUGUGGAAAAUGGACAGACUCAUCCCUGCCAGAAGGUCAUACAAGAAAUAUGGCCAGUUUUAUCUGAGACUUUAAAUAAGCACCGAGCUGAUAAUCGGAUUGUAGAACGUUGCUGCAGGUGCCUGCGCUUUGCUGUUCGCUGUGUAGGCAAAGGAUCUGCAGCCCUGCUGCAGCCACUAGUCACCCAGAUGGUGAAUGUGUACCAUGUACAUCAGCAUUCCUGUUUCCUGUACCUGGGCAGUAUCCUCGUGGAUGAGUACGGCAUGGAAGAAGGCUGUCGUCAGGGACUGCUAGACAUGCUGCAGGCACUGUGUAUCCCCACCUUUCAGCUCCUAGAGCAGCAGAGUGGCCUCCAGAACCACCCCGACACUGUGGAUGACCUGUUCCGGCUCGCCACCAGGUUUAUUCAGCGUAGCCCUGUCACUUUACUGAGGAGCCAAGUAGUCAUCCCAAUCUUACAGUGGGCCAUUGCCUCCACUACCCUGGACCACCGGGAUGCCAACUGUAGCGUCAUGAGAUUCCUGCGAGACCUCAUCCAUACAGGCGUAGCCAAUGAUCAUGAAGAAGACUUUGAAUUACGGAAGGAACUGAUUGCACAGGUGAUGAACCAGCUCGGACAGCAGCUUGUCAGCCAGCUGCUCCAUACGUGCUGCUUUUGUCUCCCUCCCUACACCCUACCAGAUGUGGCUGAAGUGCUCUGGGAAAUCAUGCAGGUUGACAGACCGACCUUUUGUCGGUGGUUAGAGAAUUCCUUGAAAGGUUUGCCAAAGGAGACAACUGUAGGAGCUGUCACAGUGACACACAAACAACUUACAGACUUCCACAAGCAAGUUACUAGUGCUGAGGAAUGUAAGCAAGUUUGCUGGGCCUUGCGAGACUUCACCAGGCUGUUUCGAUAGCUCACUCUGCUGCACUGUGCCUGUCACCCAGGAAUGUCUUUUUUAAUUAGAAGACAGGAAGAAGACAAAAACCAGACUGUGUCCCACAAUCAGAAACCUCCGAGGUGGCAGAAGGACCUUCACUGCCACCAGGGAGUUCCGCCAGACAGGGAGAGACUCCAGCCUUCCGAGGCCGUCCUGAGGAGUUCCUGUUUGGGGCUGUGAGGGAAAAUCAGCACGGUUUAAAAAAAGAUGGCUGCGGCCUGUCCGGCAUGGUGGGAGGGGAGCUGAUUUCCUGGUGAACUUGUUUCUAAAAGGAGAAAUGAUUUUAAGAAAAUAAAAAAAAAAAAAAAGGAAAACUAAACUGAAACCAGAACUGAAAGACUGGCCUGGUGGCAAGUGACACAGGCACGCACACGUGUACAUGCACACACAGACAAGUGGGAGUGCGCGCGCUCUGGGAGACACAUCCGCCUAGGGAGAGCGUGGGGAUCCAGCGAUUGGAUGGAACGGAUCAGGGUCACCCCGCACGGCUUUCUGACGUUUUCUUCUCUUUCCCUCUGCCCCUCCUUUAAUGCCAGUGAGUAGAGAUCCCUCCCACUGGCCCUUUUCCCAGCGGUUCCCUCUCACACUCGGAGCUGUUCAGACAAGGAGCCUGUCCUGCUUAUGUCAUGGUCAUGUCAGGGAUACCCGGGACCUGCCUGCAUCGGAAUCUGUGUAUCCCGGUCCUGACCCUGUGCGGCCUCUGAAUCCACUCCCAGUCCGCCUAAGGUUGUCCUCAGCCUUGGAGACAGGAGCCACAGUCGGUGUGCAGGGUGGGAUGUAAAUGUAUGUUCUAAGCUUUAGGUUUUUGGGUUUUUUUUUUUUUUUUUUUUUGAGUUUUUUUUUUCUUAGAAUUAUUCACCCACAGAUGUGAGACAGGAAAAAAGGGGGUGGGCGCGUGGAGAAAAAAAAAUGUUUACAGGGCUAACUGUAUUGUACUAAAGCGUGUGGCGAUGAAUUAGCUUCUUGGGGGAGGGGGGCGCGGCUGAAGAGGGAAGCCCCACGUAGAGCCCAGCGCGGCGAGGGCGAGCCCUGCUCGGCCGUCGGACACGCGGGCACUGCUCUGUCUGGCGUUGGAGCCAUCUCAAGAACAAACCAACAGCAACAAAACAAGAAAGGAAAAAAACAAUAAAUUUUUAAAAUUUAA